CUCGGGGCGCUCCCGGGGCGCAGCCCUGUCCUGUGCGGGGCUGUAGGUCGGGCUGUGCAAUCACAUGGUGCGCUAAGAAUGCUCCAAAGAUGGCGGUAGCGGCAGCGGCCGGCGGCGGCGGCGGCCGGGCGCAGCAGCGGAGCGGCUGGCUGGAAGUCCUGGUGCGGGACCGCUGGCACAAAGUCCUGGCCAACUUGGGCGAGGAUGCCCUGGUGCUGAGCUGCGAGGAGCGCGCCGACGGCGCAGCCCACAACGGCGUCGGGUCCAGCGGCAACGGGGCGCCCUGCCGAGGGGCUGCCGCUGGCCGCGGGAGCCAGCCGGGCGCCGCGGGCAACCCCAGCGGGGCGGCCGAGCCCCCGGGCGGCGGCGGCGGCAGCAGCCCCAAGGCGGGGGGUGGCCCCGGGGUGCGCACCGCCUUCACCGAGCUCCCCGAGCAAGUGCCCGACGCCAUCUCCAACAAGAAGCGGUGCGUGAAGGUGCAGAAGCAGGAGCUGGGCGGGCUGGGCAUCAGCAUCAAGGGCGGCAAGGAGAACAAGAUGCCCAUCCUCAUCAGCAAGAUCUUCAAGGGGCUGGCGGCCGACCAGACCCAGGCCCUUUACGUGGGCGAUGCCAUCCUGGCCGUGAACGGGACGGACCUGCGGGACGCCACCCACGACGAGGCGGUGCAGGCGCUCAAGCGGGCGGGCAAGGAGGUGCUGCUGGAAGUGAAAUACAUGCGAGAGGCAACCCCAUAUGUGAAGAAAGGUUCUCCAGUUUCAGAAAUUGGGUGGGAAACGCCUCCACCUGAAUCUCCACGGUUGGGAGGUAUAUCCUCCGACCCACUGUCGCAGCUUUCUCUCGCCAUCCAGAGAGACAAAAAAACGAUUCCACUCAAAAUGUGCUACGUGACGCGCAACAUGGCUGUGUCGGAUCCUGAAAACAGGCUUCUUGAAGUCCAUUCACCCGAUGCCAAGCACACUGUGGUUCUAAGGAGUAAGGAUUCAGCUACAGCCCAGGCCUGGUUCAAUGCUAUCCACUCCAGUGUGAGUGAUCUUAUUCCCAGGGUGAUUUCAGAGGUGAAAGACCAGCUGGGUAAAAGUGGGAUCGCUGGAAGUCGAGAGAUUAGGCAUCUAGGCUGGCUUGCAGAAAAGGUGCCAGGAGAGAAUGAGAAGCACUGGAAGCCAGCACUGGUUGUACUGACUGAGAAAGACCUUUUAAUAUAUGACAGCAUGCCACGAAUGAAAGAAGCUUGGUUCAGCCCUCUCCAUACUUACCCUCUGCUAGCCACCAGGUUGGUCCAUUCAGGUCCAGGUAAGGGAUCCCCACAAUCUGGGGUGGAUUUAUCUUUUGCAACGCGCACCGGUACAAGGCAAGGGAUUGAAACCCAUCUCUUCAGGACAGAGACUAGCAGAGACCUCUCGCUGUGGACAAGGAACAUAGUGCAGGGCUGUCACAAUUCAGCUGAGCUCAUCACGGAAAUCACAACCUCUUGCACCUACAAAAACCAGGAGUGCCGUUUGACCAUCCAUUAUGAACAUGGAUUCUCUCUCACAGUUGAACCACAAGAUGGUGCCUUGUCCAAAACAAUUGCACAGUGUCCCUAUGAAAAGCUAAAAAUGUCUUCAGAUGAUGGCAUUAGGAUGCUUUAUUUAGACUUCGGAGGCAAAGAUGGAGAAUUUCAACUGGACCUUCAUUCUUGUCCAAAGCCAAUUGUGUUCAUCAUUCAUUCAUUCCUUUCAGCUAAGAUUACAAGACUUGGUUUGGUGGCGUAAGUUACAUCUGUUUCCUAAAAGAAAAAUGCAGCUGCCAUGCUAAUCUGAAGUACAAUCAAUAGAAGAAACCUGUAGCUGCUAGCAAUCUACAAAAGAUUGGAGUUCAAUGCAGGGACUUCAGCUCUGGUGAUUCUCCAAGGGCCAGCCUUCAUUUUGUCAGCUACAAAGGAGGCACACACAGAAAAAGACCAACAGAUUUCAGACUCAGAAUAGUCCUUUAAAUCACUGUCAGUUGCAGGAGACAAUAACAUAGCUCAUUGUAAAUAAUGGCAAAAAUGGAAUAUUACAAUGGUAAUUUAAAACCACAUACUGUACAGUGGAAAUGAGUAUAGUACUGUAUGUGUAGACAUUUUGAAAUCAUAAAUUGUGCCUAUUUCAAAGUAUUUGUUUAUCUAGAGUAAGUAAGGGCUAAGCGGAUGCAAGACUGGGCACUUGUCAGUUGUGAUUCAGAAUAAGGCUUGAUUUUUUCUCUUUUUUAAUACUAUAUGAAGUGGCGGCUUUAUGAAGAUUUAAAAAAAAAAUCAGUAAAAUAUUACUUUCCUCCCAGUUCAUGUGCUGUUCAAAUGACUUGCUGUUCCAUAAGAAGGAGCCAUGAGAGGCAGCUGCUUUAAUACCCCGGCGGGUACGUUUUGUGUGUGCAUGUACUCCACUAGGGUGCUCAAAAGCAGGGGUUCUCAACCCUUUUCUGUCUGACACGUCCCCCCAACAUGCUAUAACAACUCUCCAGCCCACCCGUGCCCCCAAAACUGUUUUUCUCAUAUCCAGUAGAUUAAAAGCCCGGGCCAGCAUUAGGGGGUAGCAAGCAGGGCAACUGCCUGGCGCCCCAUGCCACAAGGGGUCCCAUGAAGCGAAGUUCUUCAGGCUUCAGCUUUCUGCUCUGGGCUCCAAUGACUCUGAUGCCAGCCCUGCUCUCUGGUUUAUUUUGGUGUACCCCCAGUUGAGAACCUCUGCUCUAAAGCAGCAAGGAAGUCCUUAGUGAACAGCCCAGCACCCAAAUCAGAGCAUUGAGGGGCAUUUUCAAAUGGUCCAUAGGUAAGGAGCAUAUGUGCACAUUCCUGUAGGGGGCACCAAAGCAGCAGUAAUUAUAGGACUUUUGUGGUUAACAGGCUAUUUAACAAGAGAGCACAAAGGGGCCUGUUCAAGUGUCCUUCACUUAUGAGCACACAGGGUAGACUUUUAAAAAGAAUUAACCUAACUUUAAGAGCCUAAGUGCCACUGAAGGUCAGGGGCACUUAGUUGCUUUUGCAAAUUUUACCCACAAGACAAGUUACAGUGCCUCACUUAACAUUGUGACCUAGUAGUAUGUCCUGCUGCUAAAUCAGUUAAAUUGAAAUAGAUUUCAUUAAGAAACAUGUAUAGCUCUGUAAUAAUUCAUUUAAAAAUGCAUUUGAGAUUCAAAAAGUGGCCUGAGAAUUUAGGAGGAGUGAACUGAAAAACUGUUGAUCAAGAAGAAUUUAUACCACCUUUAAGCUGCAAACAGAACUAACUCUUUGAAAUAGAUAUUCAUAAUGUGUUGACACUAAAGCCACAUUUUGAAAGCCAGACUUUUAGAAAGAAGCAGAAGUCAUGAAUGUGAUUGCUUGCAGAAGUUCAGCUGUAGCAUUGCAAUGAUUUGUAUUCCUUUUUAAACUUUACAGGUAAAGUAAGUUUUAAUUUAGAUGUCACUCAACUGGCAAAGAAAACAAAAUCACACAUACUAAAUAAUAAAACAGUGAUUCCAUUGUAAUUGUUUUUCAGUUGAGGUCUCGAGCACAGUAAAUAAGUCAAAUCUGUUUCCACAUACAUAAAGCUUUGAUUUAUGGUGGUUUUCAUACAUAUGUUAAUUAGUAAUAGAAAAAUACUAAUGUAAAAAUUUUAAAGAGAUGCUGGUCUGAAUUCACAAACACUGUACUGUACUUGCAAAACGUUAUACCCAAGAAAGAGGGUAAUUUUCGAACAGUACAUAAAUAUAGUUAUCUUCACAGAAAUCCUGAAAGUGAUUUGCCUAUCUAGUAACUUUCAUUUCUACCUUAAUGGCACUUACAAUAAGGAAUUAAAACUUAUUUUAUACCCCCCAAAAAUAAAUGUUAAAUAAUUUGCCAGUAUUUUCCAUUCAUGCAGUUAUCUGUGGCAGAUCUUUGAUCUCUUCUGGUUUAGGUAUGCAUGAUUUUAGGGUUACCUCUUUCAGGGAGGCAAGUAUAGGGUUGGGCCUUUGAUCAUAGAAUCUAUUUCAGUAAAAGCCUAUGCAAAAUGUAUCAAAAAGUAAAUGCCAAGGUUUGUGAAUUUAACGGAGGAGGCAUCUCCCCUGAAACCUUCUGGAUCACACAAUGCAAAGCGUUUUUUGUCCAAGUACAAAAUGUUUAUGCAUUUGGACCCCUGUUCCUAUAGAAAGUUCAGAGAUUCAAGCUGCAGCUUGUGUACUGUGGACAAUACAUAUGUAACUUAUACUGCACUAUGUCCUUAUUCUUUUAACACUUAAAGUCACUGGAAUGUUAUAUAAACAUGUAUGUUUAAUGUAAAUAAUCAGAAUUCAUAUUAGUAUCAAUAAUUAAAUUACACAGUAUGUAAUCUAAGGUGCUCAGUUCUAUAUGAAGUAUAAGUGAAUAACUAAAUAGUUUGCAAAGGAAGUUCAUAUUAUAUAUUUAUAGACAAAUUAAAAAUUAUGGUAAUUACAAAUGUUAUUUCUUCAUCAUUUACAGAUUUUGGAGUGAUUCAUAUUUGGAUGGGAUUGACAAAAUAUGGGCCUACUCCACAUUUAUAAGAGUAUAGUUUAUAUUUUAGAGGAAAAGAAUAUAUUUAAUAAAAGUCAUUUAUUCGA